CACUGAACACGUGUUAAUUUAGCGCGAAAGUUCGGAGCAAAGAUUAGUUCGGAGUUGUUUGCGGGAGAAAAAAAAAUAUAUAUAUUUGCUGGGUUGCGGGCGCCGUGCGGCUCAGGCGGCAGAUGGAACGUUGCCCGGGAGAGAGUAAAGUAGCAAGAUUCUAAACCGAGGGAAUCGAACACGAUUUGGAACGCUCAGCUCCCAAAGUUCCAUUCCAUUCCCCGGGGACCACCCACCCACCUCGCCGGCUGCAGCCCCGGCCGCGGUCACAACCCGCGGUAUAGCUGCUAAUUGAAGUUUCUAAUUCUAUUUCAGUGCAGUUUUUUGGGCUGCUCCGUUUUCAAUCUGGUGCCAUGGCGCAGGCCAGACUAACCGACUAUUUUCCCCAGACUAAAAAAACAAAGAGGGAGACGCUGCCUGUGAAACUGCGGAAAGCGGAGCCUGCGGGAAAUGGAAGCAUUGCCGGCGCUGGGUCGCCUGCAAAGGGACGGCGGCAGCAGCAGCGAAGGAAGGUGAUCGAAACACCUCCGACAGCAACACAAACUCGCAUUUCGAGCAGGGAAAGCCCUCUCCCAGCGCUUGGCGUUGGGGAAGUUUUUAAAUCGGUGCCUGCAGAGUGGGAGGGAGUUUGCGCCACCCCGAAGCGGGAGGCUGAGAAGGGAGUCUCCACGUUUGCGUGUCUUGUGACCCCGUCCGAAGAUGAGCAAACAGCCACCGAGUCUGGUGUGGGAUCGGCCGGGCCUGGGCCGGGUACCGCCGGGGGAGAUGGACAGCCGACCCGCACGGCCAAGAAACGCGGCCGCUCCCAUUCGACCGAGGAAACGAAGCCGCCGCUGGCGGCAGCGGAUCCGGGCCCGCAGCGAACUCCAUCUGCCCGGAGAUGUCUGGUGCUGCAGCCGCAAGCGGCAACAGAUCGACAAACUGUAACACUGCCACGUCCAGAGACUUCCCAGCCCACGGAUGCAUCUGCUCAAGGGGCAACAAUUUCACGGAAACGGAUGUCCAAGCUUCCUGGAUUGCAAGAUUCGAGCAAGAGAAGCCAACAGACGGAGACCGCACCUGGAAAGGAGAGUCUUUGUUCUUUAAAAAGCCGAUUACAAAGAAUUCAGAAGCUCAGCCAAGCAGCUACUUUACCUGCUCCUGCUGAAUUGGGUACUGAUGCCAAGAGUCGCCUUAAACGGGUUCGAGAACUGGGAUUGAAAGUAGAAGAAAAUAAAGAGUGUAAAAGCGCAGCUGGGCAGGAGAAGGAAUCAAACGUGGGUGAGAGGGUGAAGGCACCAGCCUACCAGCGCUUCCACAACCUCGCACAGGAUGUCCCACCAGGCUUGACCUUGCCUUUCAAGUACAAGGUGCUGGCAGAGAUGUUCCGUAGUAUGGAAACUAUUGUGAGCAUGUGUUUCAACCGCUCCGAGACCGUUACCUUUGCCAAAGUGAAACAGGGUGUUCAGGAACUGAUGCGGAAAAAAUUUGAACAGCAAAAUAUUGGACAAAUUAAGACCGUUUACCCAUCUGCGUACAAGUUCCGGCAGGAAAAGGGAAUUCCGACUUGGAGUGACUCUGUGAAGAAAUCCAUCUACCAGCUCACCAUCGACCCUGUUUUUGAAGGAGGGGAUAAUUCUGAAGGACAGACACAACUAACAGCCUCUCGCAUGCUUCUACGCCGUCGGAUUUUCAGCCGAAACCUUACCAACAUGGUAAAGCAAUACCACAAGGCAUUUUUGGCUUCUCUUCACCCUCCGAUGCAUGUUCCAGAUAACAAGCUAACACGGUGGCACCCACGCUUCAAUGUGGAUGAGGUUCCGGACAUCGAUGCUGCUGAACUUCCACAGCCUCCUGAUUUUGAAAAGCUGACGACUGCUCAAGAAGUAUUGGAUAAAGCUCGCAGCAUGAUGACACCAAAGAUGGAGAAAGCUCUUGCUAACAUGGCCCUAAAAUCUGUUGACACUGCCAUGGCUGCUACAAUGGAACAAAAGCAGCUAAAUGUCGUGAGUCCACGUCCAAGUCCUUCCAGUGCACUGAAAGGGGUUUCACAGAGCCUGCUCGAAAGGAUCCGUACCAAAGAAGCACAAAAAAUUCAGGCAGCGAUGACGAGGAGUCCUGCUCAAACCGAGCAUCUUCAUAUGAUGAGGAGACUCCCCGAGCUAGCAAGAAUCUUGCGUAAUGUCUUUGUGGCAGAGAAGAAAGCAGCUUUGAAUAUUACAGUGGCAUGCAACAGAAUGAUUGACAGCUAUCGAUCUUCAAUGCCCCUGGGUGACAUGGAGAAACAUCUGCGGUUACUGGCUGACAUUGUUCCUGACUGGCUGAGUGUACAUAUAAUCAGGAAGGAUGUGUACCUGAAGCUGAACAAGAACGUGGAGUUGUUCACGGUUGUGGAGAAAAUUGAAAAAAAGAUCAAGGACGAGGAAAAGGCAUAAUUUUUUUUUAGGAAGAUUUUAAGCACCGAACCUGAAUGUUAAAUGUAAAAAUGUGUAUCUGUAUAUUUGAUGGGAAACGCACCUGCAAACUUGAAUGAGACCGAUUGUGGAUUUACUGAUCAAUAUUUUUCCUAGUAUGCUUGACAAUUAAGCACUUGGAAGGCUUUGUUUUGAGAAAUUGAAUACUUGCUUUUUAUUGGGAUAACUAAUUGUCAACUUAGAGGUGAGGGGAAUGAAUUCCUCUUGCUCUGCAGUUUCAAAGAAUAAAAUUAAAUCUGUGUGGUAUUCAAAUACCCCUUCAGGGGGCAAUGGUUUCUUUGGCUUCAAGCAGUAACAUAAUUGUUCAAAAUUUGUACUUUGAAUAUCUAUUGAGAACCAUUAAUGUUAAACUGAAAAUCAAAUGCGUGUAUGGGGAGUGAUUUUAAGGAACAAUUUGAUUAAAUGUUUUACUUUUUGAUUGA